UCCUAUUUUAGUCACUUCCUUCUUUCUUUCCUUCCUUCCAAUCUCAGCCUCAUCCUUGCUAACAUUCAUAUAUUAGCCCCUUGCACCUGUAUCUUUCCUUCCUUCCUGUUAAUCCUUGUGUCCAUCUUUCUUUCUUAUCCUCUUCUCUUUUUUUCCUUCCCAUCAUCAUGUCUUCCUUCCUUCUCUUAGUCCCGUCCAUCUUCCUUCCUGUCAUCACCCUUUCCUUAUACUUUCCAUCCUAGGUCCCUCCUUUCAUAGUUUCACUCUUUCCUUUCUUCCUUCUUUCCUUCCUUCCUUCCCUGCCAUCUGCCACUACUGACUGGGAGUUUGAGAAAACAGAGUCUAGACACAAAGAGAAACAGAGGAGCUGAUCUAGGAGUACUUUCUACGUUAAGGGAAAGUAGAAGCGUUCAUGGCAUAGUGGCUCCUCUAGUUGCUUCGUCUUGGAGAGAAACCGGUGAUCUCUCAGUUACAGGCCGUAAAUAAAGAAGUAACCCAUUCAGCGUUCACCUUCCUUCAGACCAGCAGCUUUCCAUGUUUCCGUUUACUUUCUAAUUAUUCCAGCUGGAUAUGAGUGACUGCGCUGAGACUGGGUGUCCCUGCUGUGAUUGGCUGUUUCGUCUCCUGUUUGCCUCCACCCAUUGGCCGGCUGCAGCAGAUUGGGAGGGGCAGCUCUGGCCAUCCUCCCCCUGCUCCUGUAGCUGAGCUUGUAAAUGUAAAGAGUCUUUCUCCGGCUUUUAUCUGAGUGACUUCAGCGUUCUGCCUCUGAGCGAGUGUGUGUGAGUGUGUGUGUCGGAAGGAGAGUUAAAGAGAGGAAGGAACGGAGAGAGGGAGGGAGAGCCAAGCGGCGUUUAUUUUUCUCCCCCCUGCUCCCUGUCACUCCAUCCUUCCUCCCCUGACCUGGACCACCCUCCAGUCCUGUUUCCAGCCCGAACCGGGACCCCCAUCCACCCGAACCGCCCCGGGACCCUUUGACUCUCCUCACUUCUCCGUCCCACCAACCACCACCCCGACAGGGAUUCCUCUCUGGUUCUGUUUGGAGUGCUGACUGCUAAGACCUCAGCUUCACACAAUCCUUAAGCCCAGCUGCCAGAGGUAAUUUGGUCUAAAAACACCUCAGCUCAACGUCUGCAGCAAAACUUGUUGGCCAGAGAUCCAGUUGACCUCAUUCCAUCUGAGUUCUGGAGGUCACAGGUCACAUGACCUGGAAGAAAAAACCCAGGAGGCUUUUGGGAUUGCUCUCCGCAUGGGCUGGCUAUCAACCUGAAGGGAGGUCAAAAGGCUGAUGAACUGAUCUGAGUGGGAGCGCAUUCAUCUGGUGUCCUGUAUGCCCUGGGAACUCCACGCCCAGCACUAAUCAGGUGGGUGACUGGCUGGAAUAUCACUGCUCUCCAUCUUCCUCUGAGGACGUCCAAGGGCAGAAACUGUCCCACUGCCCCGCCCAGCAUGGAGAACACCAAGGUCCAGUCAGAGGGCGGGCUGAAUGUCACCCUGACCAUCCGCCUCCUCAUGCACGGAAAAGAAGUGGGAAGUAUAAUCGGUAAGAAAGGAGAAACUGUGAAGAAAAUGCGUGAAGAGAGCGGAGCAAGAAUCAACAUUUCAGAGGGAAACUGUCCAGAGAGGAUCGUCACCAUCACUGGACCUACAGACACCAUUUUCAAGGCUUUCGCUAUGAUUGCCUAUAAAUUUGAGGAGGACAUAAUCAAUUCGAUGAGUAACAGUCCAGCCACCAGCAAGCCGCCCGUCACCUUGAGGCUCGUUGUGCCAGCCAGUCAGUGCGGCUCUCUCAUCGGGAAGGGAGGCUCCAAAAUCAAAGAGAUGAGAGAGUCCACAGGGGCCCAGGUUCAGGUGGCGGGGGACAUGCUGCCCAACUCCACCGAACGCGCCGUGACAAUCUCUGGAACCCCAGAAGCCAUCAUCCAGUGUGUCAAACAGAUCUGUGUGGUCAUGCUGGAGUCCCCACCAAAAGGUGCCACCAUCCCUUACCGCCCAAAGCCUGCCUCCACCCCAGUCAUUUUUUCAGGUGGCCAGGCCUACACAAUCCAGGGACAGUAUGCCAUCCCACACCCAGAUUUGACCAAGCUCCACCAGUUGGCUAUGCAGCAAACUCCCUUUACCCCUCUCGGACAGACCACCCCUGCUUUCCCUGGUUUGGAUGCCAGCCCACCAGCCAGCACCCACGAACUCACCAUUCCUAAUGAUCUAAUAGGCUGUAUUAUUGGACGCCAGGGAACCAAAAUAAAUGAGAUUCGACAGAUGUCUGGGGCGCAGAUCAAAAUCGCCAAUGCCAUGGAGGGCUCAUCAGAGCGGCAGAUAACCAUCACAGGGACCCCUGCAAACAUCAGCCUGGCUCAGUACCUCAUCAACGCCAGGUUCAGAGACGUGGCCGCCAUGUGGAACGACCCAUCGUCCAUGACUACAUCCUGAAGGCCGCCAAAAUCUGGCUCUAGCAUUAGCGCCUCGAUUCUACUUUCACUGUUAGCUUGGAGCCAAUAAGUUCUUUGUUAAAGCCUGUUUUCUGCGUAUUAGUGUAAAAAAUACUUUGACAUUUUGAAAAACAUGCUUAUCCUGCUGUUUAAUGUAGAUGAACAUACAAUUAGUCAUAUAUUAGCUUAGCCUCCGUUAGCAUUCCCAGUUAGCUUAGCAUCAGAAACAUCUAAACCAGAAACAUUUUGAAAUAAAAAUUUGUUGCAGUGAUAACUAAACAUUUAUAAUUGCUGAAAUCUUGAAUUGUGAAGAUAAAUGUUAUUAAAAAUGUCAAACUAUAUUUUAAACAUUUUAUUUAGCAUGUAGCAUUUCAAAGAAGUCAUUUCUGUUGCUCAGUAUUAUCAUAGAUAAAAUGACAAUUUAUGUCAUUGUAUGCAUAAAGUUCAAAAUAAAACAAAACUAUUUAAAAAGAGUAAAAAGUGAAUAAAAAGCUGAGCGGUUUAAUGCGGUUAGAGCGAUGUGAUGCUGCGUGGCCUCAUUAGGCUUUAAUACGACGUCCAGCUGAUUUCACUGCAGAAUAACUUUCACUCUUCAGCGAAAGUUUGUCUUUCACAGUUUUUAUUUUUAUUUGUGUCCCCGCCCUCCCCGCACCAUCCCUUGUUUUCCACCGUUUUCAGGCUGACCUCUGAAGUCACUGGAAUGGGCUCGCUCUAGUUUCCAUCCUCCUCCGCGCAUCACAUGACCUCUGAGUAAACGGCAUUAAACGUGGUUUAUCGACCUCCGUUUGACCGUUCUGCUGUUUUAAAUCGAUAUUGUAAAGAUGUCACUCUUACCUGAAACUGUCAUUUGUUUUUCUCGGAGCGCUCUGGACUCUUUUGCCUUCUUUUGUUUUUGUCGCUCUACGUUUCACAAACAUUUGCUCUGACGAGUUCUUACUCAUUUUCUGAUGAUUUUCUGAUGCAAUGAGUGUGCUUGCAGAAGUUAUUGCCUGUUUCUCUCAGUAACGGUUUGCAUGACUCAGCAUUUCAGAUUUAUUUUAAAGUCAUGUGGAAAUGGAAGCUGGAACUGAAUACAUUUGUUAGAUUUUGAAGCCGAUCUUGUUUUCCAUGCGACGCCUGACAAAAAAUUGGAAAAUGAAGGUUUGUCAUGUAAAUGACGGCAGCAGAGAGUAAAAUUGGUAUCCACCUGUAGCCAUUUGCGUUCCUGAUGCUGUAAUUUUACCUCUGUGCACCUUUGGGAGACGUCGGCUGCAUUGCGUUUGCAGGCCAGUGAAAUCUCUGUGGAUUUUCUUUUUGCUUCAUUGGAGCUCUGAGAAAUGAUUUCUUACACAGAUUAUGUUUCUGUUCUGCAUGUUUUUAACUUUGCACCACUUUCUGUUGUGAACAUUGAAGCAUAAAUCAGUUCCCAAAAAUAUAAAGUGUCAGUUUCAUUAGUGCCAGAGUAUUUGCUCUCCUUUGAACAAAAGCAGAAUGACAAAAUAGUAUUUUCCAGUCAAAGCUGAAUGUACAGAAGGUUUAUUUUAAAUGCUAUGUUUUAACUGGUUUGUUUGUAUUUUAAUAUAAUGUGGCUUAAAAAAUACAUUGGAGAAACUGAUAAGCUUGAUUAUUGAUCUAUAAGGUAAAAUAUUGAUAUCCAUCCAUGGAUCUCCAGCAGUUAUUGGUAUAAACCUUCACAGAACCACAUUCUCACUAAAUCCAGCCGCCAUCUUGGAACAUUUUGAUGCAUCCGAUACCUGAAUCAAAUGAAUGCUUUGCAGAACCAGCUACAAUACAAAGGAGCUAAUUUAGUCUUUAAUUUCAGAUGUUGCAGUCAAAGACUAGAGUUACCAACACCUGAUUUAAAUUCAGUGGUGGGCACCGCUAGCUAAAAGUUAGCUAUCCAAAAGAACUAAUCAUAAACAUUAGUUCCUCUAACGCCAACGCACUACAACAAUACAGUAUUUGGUGGAAGCUAAUGCUAAAGCGCUAACAGACACAUUGCUCCUGUAUGUUUUUGUUUGAAAUAAAUUUAGUAAGGGGGGAAAAAAGGAGAAAAUGUGACAAACCUGCUGUGCAAACUUCUAAAUAAAAGCAUGAAUAUGAAAAUGUGUUAACAUGUAAUUUUAUCCAGCUGAAUGUUUACAAAACAGUCAUAAUUUAUCUAGAAAAACAGAUGCAGGGGAAGCUAAGUGUGCUAGACGUUUUCAAUGUUAGCUAUAGCGCUAAAUGAAGAGCUAGCUCUCCCGUUAGCAGAAAUGUGCCCACCACUGCUGGCUGAUGAUUCUCCAUCUUGUUGCCAGUCACUUUUAUCCCUGAUCAUUCAAUAUGUUUGUCAUAUUCCUGUAUUUGGUUUUACUCCCAUCUUGGUUUCUGUGCAAAAGGAGCAAAAAUAAUUAUAUGAAGUGAUUUUUGAAGGUAAUGAUCUGUAAUAUGAUGAUUAUGUUUUUGAUCAUUAAGGUCUCAGAUUUCUUAUGUAUUGAGUUUGUCUGUAGCGUUUUGUAAAGGAGAGAUGAUAAGAAUAAAAACUGUUUGUUCUUUUCCUCCUUUGACUCAAACUGUGUUCAUUAUAACUUUCUUUGUUCUUAAAUAAAAAAAUAAAUCCUUCAGAUAAUGAAACCUUU